GUUGGGGCGGGUCUUCCAUGAUUUUGAUAGGUCAAGUGUGAGGGAAGGACGUGAAUGCUUUCGAAACUCAUGUAAUCGACUUUCACAAUGGAAGCGUCCCAAUCAGAAGAGCCUGUGUUGCGCCAUGUGGAAACAGAUGUUUUGAUACCCAAGAUGAUGAGGGAGAAGGCAAAGGAGCGUUGUGGAGAAAAUGUUGCUGCCUUUUCUCAGUGUUGUAAGGAGAGUGGAUUCUUCAUGGUGUUCAAAUGCAGGGAGGAAAACGCAGCCCUGAAGGAGUGCCUGACAAAGCAUUACAAAGACCCUGCCUUCUUUGAAGAGUGUAAGCAAGAAUACAUCAGAGAGAAGCUUGAAUUUCAGAGAACAGGCAUUCCAGCCAAGAACAGGAUACAGAAGCUCCCAACCAGCAUGUAGAUUUCAGCUGUCCUGUCUAAGGGACAAAGAUGAUGAGAAGGCUAAUAUAUCCAGGAAUGCCUAUUGCUCACUGUUUUGUACUCAGACAUGAAGUGGAGUGUAUUCCUGUUUGCUUUGAGGGACUUUGAUGUGAUUUUGCUUGUAUUGUAUUGACCACUGGCUUGGUUACAUGUGCCGAAGGCAAUCUUUUCUGCUGGAUAGCCAUAGACGUCAUAAUCAUAUUUGUUUCAAAAUGCAAAGCAGACUGACUUGACAUAAUCAAAAUUCAUAGAGACCCCCUUCAAAUCAGAUGACUGAUAUUGAUGUUUUCACCAAAGGGAGUCUUUGUAGCAUUGUUAUAACAUAACUGUCCUCAGAAAGAAAUGAUUCACAAACUGCCAGACAAUGUUGGGAGUACCAAGGAGGCAUUUGAAAUCUGUGUGGUUCACCGAUGGUAGUGUGAUCACGGGAAACAUGAGAUGUUUCAGGAGUAAGAGUAAGACCAUGGUUUAAGUCGAAAACUCUUGAAGCAUAUUGUUGGUCUGUAUAGGGAGAGCAAUCUCAUAACUAAAAUUUUGGAUUGUAAAUAAUCAGAGUAUGAGUCAUUUGUGGUUAUUUUAAAAAUAAUCUGCCUGUGACUAGUAAAUAUCCAUAUUUAAUCA